AUGCGCUUCGCUUCAUCCGUCCUCGGCCUCGCUGCCACCGCUAGCACCGCCGCCGCUGCUGCUACUGCUGCCAACACUGGUAUCAGGGGCUUCAACUACGGAGCUUUCUUCCUUAACCAGGCCGCUAAGCAGCAAGCCGACUUCGAGUAUGAGUUCAACCGCGCCAAGGACCUCCAAGGCACAAGUGGAUGGACGAGUGCCCGUCUCUACUCUAUGAUCCAAUGGCAAACCGCAAACACCGUCAUCAGCGCAAUCCCGGCGGCCAUCAACACAAAGACGACCUUACUCUUGGGUCUCUGGGUUUCGGGUAGUGACCAAGCCAUCACAAACGAGAUCGCUGCUCUUAAGGCUGCGAUCAGCCAAUACGGAUCCGCAUUCACCGACUUAGUUGUUGGUAUCUCAGUUGGUAGCGAGGAUCUCUACCGUGACGCCAAUGGCGAAGUUGGCAUUGGCCCCCAGAAGCUCAUCGACUGCAUCAGCAAGGUCCGAAGCGCCAUUGCCGGUACUCCUCUUGCCGGCGUGCCCAUCGGCCACGUUGAUACCUACGACUCCUUCCUGAACGGUACCAACCGAGCCGUCAUCGAUAACAUCGACUGGCUUGGCUUCGACGGCUACCCGUACUGGGAGCAGGCCCUGCCUAACAGCAUCGGCGACGCGCACGAACGAUUCUAUAGCGGACUCAACAAGACUAUUGCUCUAGCUGGAAACAAGCCUGUCUACGUUACUGAGACCGGGUGGCCCGUAUCUGGAAAGACUGUUGGCCAAGCCGUAGCCAGUCCCGAAAACGCCCGCAUCUACUGGCAAGACAUUGCCUGCAGCCUGAUCGCGCGCGGUGUUAACCUGUGGUGGUACGACCUUCAGGAAUCCCAAUGGGGACAAGCCUCGCCAGAUUUCGGCAUCUUCCCGGCGGGUGACCUUAACACGGUCCAGGCGAGCUACGACCUCUCUUGCAGAUACAAUCAUAUAGACUUCCUUCGCAUAGAUAUUGUAAUCAUCAUGGUCUUCCUAGCGCGUUAUGGCGUUAAUACCCAUUGUUAUUCAGUCGUCUGGGUAUAG